AUGAUUGCUGAUGAACUUUCAUUAGGUUUAUCACGUUUAAGUACAACUGGUCAACAUUCAAUGGAUACUUCUAAUGGCCAAAUUCGACGUGAUCAACCGGAAACAUGGUCAAAUCCAUGGUCCAAUUCCUGGGUAUUUGGAGUCAUCAAUGGAUAUGGUAUCGGUCAAUCGGAUUUUUUAUGGAAUAUUCGAUCGAAUCGACAAGUGAAAAAAGUUUAUGCUCACAUAUGGAACACCCAAAAUUUGUUGGUUUCAUUCGAUGGAUGUUGUAUCUUUCGCGAUUGGCGUAAUAAUCCGGAAUGGAAGACAAGAAGUGCCUGGUAUCAUGUUGAUCAAAAUCCAAAAAACAAACCAGAUCGAUGUUGUAUUCAAGGUUUUGUUACACUUACUGAUCAAAAUGAGAAAACAGGCGGUCUCAUUGUGUUUCCACGUUCACAUCUACGCUUUCAUGAAUUGGUUGAAGUGACAAAGUAUCCCAAAGAUUUUGUCAAGAUUCCACACGAUCAUUCAAUCAUAACUCGUGGCAAACUCGUUCACUGUCAAGCCGGUGAUCUUGUUCUUUGGGACAGUCGCAUGGUUCAUUGUAAUUCACCAGCUACUGAAAUUGAAAAACGGGCAAAAGAUGAACCGAUCGAUCUACUUCGUAUUGUUGCCUACGUUAGCAUGAGUCCGACUUCGUUUGUAUGUGAUCAAUCACUUGAAGAAUUUCGUGAAAAAAGAAAACAAAUGGUGGAAAAUAAUUGUACUCUAACACAUUGGAGCACAGAAUUGGUCGUCGCAGGUGGUAACCAUACUGGUUUGCCCAAAUUGUCGUUGGACAAAUAUUUAGAACAAAACAAGAAAACAAAAAUGAAUGAACAAAAUAUUGAUACAUCAUUAUCAUCCGAUGAAUUAUGGUUAAAAAUUAUUAAUGAAGGUAAAGAAAAUCGUGUCGAAGUUAAUCAACGUAUGUUAAUUGAUAAAAUGUUGGCACGUUAUUCAUCUGAAUUUGUUGUUUAUCGAGAAUUAAUUCAAAAUUCUGAUGAUGCUCAAUCAACAUCAUUUACACUUGAAAUAACUUGUGAUCCAUCAACAUCAACAAUAAAUUAUGAAUCAAUUAAUAAAGAUGAUUUAUCAAUUAAUCAAAGAAAAAGAAAUAAUAUUUUAGAAGGUAUUGGACAAUUAUUUAAAAAUCAUUGGAAACCAAAUAAUACAAUUAAUUCUAAUCAAGAUAUAAAUGAUUUUUCAAUAAAUGAUCAAUAUUCAUUUGAAAAUGAUUUUAAUAAUUGUAUAAUAACUGAAAUUCGUACAAUAAAUAAUGGAAAUAUAUUUAGUGAAGAUGAUUGGAAACGAGUUAUAACUAUAGCUGAAGGAAAUACAAAUGUUGAUGCUAUUGGACAAUUUGGUGUUGGAUUUUUUUCAGUUUUUUCUUAUUCUGAACGACCUAUGAUACAAUCUGGUAAACAUUGUUUAGCAUUUUCUUGGCAAAAUGGAAAAUCCUUAACAACAUUUCGUAAAGAAUUAUCAAAUGAUCAAAAAUCAUCUUUAACUUCAGUUAUUCUUAAAAUGAAAAAUAAAUCUAUUUUAGAAACAAAAUCAACAUUAGAAAUCAAUGAAUUAAAUAAUGAUUUUCAUAGAUCAACUAAAUCAAAAAAAAAUACACUUACAAAUGAAAUCGUACCUACAAUGGAUUUAACACAACUUAAAGCUUAUUUUACAAAAGUUCUUUCAUUUACUAAAUAUAUUAAUGAAUUAAUUAUUAAAAUAAAUGGUUUAAUAGUUUUUCAAGUUAAUAAAAUAAAAAAACCAUUAUUAUCAACAAAAUUAUCUUUAGCAGUAAAAAGACUUAAUGCAAAUAAUGAACAUAAUUUACUUCGUUUUAAUUCAUUUACACAAACUGAACAAACAUUUUCUAUUGAAAAUGGUCCAUCAAUAACUCUUAAUCAUAUUGAUGUUCAAGCUGAAUUAACUAUUGAUAAAGAUUUUCAUCAACAAAUUCGAAAUGUUCUUAAAAAAAGUUUACCUUCAAUUGUACAUAUUCAAUUUUUAUUUCCAUCAAAUAAUAUACUUCAACAACAACAAUGGAAAACAUUAACAAAUAAUAAUUUAAAUAAUCAAAUAUUAAAAGCAUUAAUUCCAUUAAAAUUUCAUAAUCAAGAUAUUCUACCAGCUGGUCAAAUAUUUAUUGGUUUAGCAACACAUCAAACAACAGGUAUUGGUAUGCAUUUAUUUAGUCAUUUAAUUCCAACAAUUGAACGUGAAAAUAUUGAUUUACAAGAUCCAUAUAUUUCAAUAUGGAAUGAACAACUUUUAAUAUCAAUUGGAAAAAUUAUUAGAUAUAUUUAUGAUCAAAUUAUACUUGAUGCUGUUAAUAAUAUUCAACAAGAUACAAAUCAACAUCUUAAUCUUAUUCUUUCUCCUUAUGCAUUUGAACCAUCAGCACCAAAUAAAGAUAUUGGUCGUAUUCUUCUUGAUGGAUUUUUUUCAUCUAGUGAAGAUAUUCUUGUACCAGUGAAACGAUCACCAUCUGAUAAUCAUCUUUCAUUAAUUCCAUCAACAGAAGCUUUUCUUACAAAUUCUAAACAUAUACAAGCAUUUCUUCCUGUACCUCUUGUUCCAUUUGAUAUUGGAAAAAAUAAUUUUUUUAAAGUUUUAAAAGAACGUCGUUGGAUUGAAGAAAUUGAUAAUGAAUCAAUUUUAAUUAAAAUUCAUCAAUCAAUUUUUUCAUUUAAUGAAUUUAUUGAAUUACUUCGUUGGUUAUGUAAAUAUGAUAUUAAUAAUAAUAAAUCUUAUAUAAAACAUGUUCUUUCAAAAAUACAUUAUCGUGAAACUCGUCAAUCAUCUAUUAUUAAAUUAGAAAAAAUUGAAUUUUAUGAUACUUUAAAUAUAUCUUCUCUUCCAUUACCUUCAAAUGUAUUACCAUCUAAUAUUGUUAGUCAUAUAUCUCGUGAAGAUUUACAAAGACGAUUAUCAUUAACAGCAAUUUCAGCAAAGAAUUUAAUUCAAUAUUAUCUUGCUGAAAAACAAUUAAAUCUUUUUCAUAAUGAAAAUACAUCGAAAAUUCUUCUUAGUUUUAUUUGUCAACAUUGGAAUGAAUUUAAUGAUACAGAAACAAGUCAAAUUAAAAGUGUUUUAUGUAAUAUGAAAUGUAUUCCAACAAGUCAAGGUAUGAAAUCACCGAAUGAAUCAUAUAUUCGAUCAUCAAAUUUAUCUCCUGAUUUACCUAUAAUUACACUUUACAUUCCACAACUUAUAAAAGAUAAUAAUCAAAAAGAAAAACAAGAAUCAAUAGAUCAUCCAGUGUCAAAUGAAUUUCUUAAAUUAAUUGGUUGUCGAACAAUUCAUAUUCCAACAUCAACAGAUACUUUACAGGCUACAUCAGAUAUUUCAUCAAAUAAUUCACAAACACUUGAAAAUUUUAUUCAAGAUUUAUUAAAACAACGUAAAAAUAUGAGUGACAAUGAUCUUCAUGCAUUAAAAUACAAUCAAUGUAUUACAGGAACAACAUUAGAAUCAAAUGAUGAAAUAAAACGUAAAUAUAAACCUAGUGAACUUCAUUUUCCAUCAGUAGCAAAACGUCUUAAAUGGAAUGAAUUAUUAAUAAUCGAUUGGAUAGAUAUUAAUCCACAUUCACAAGAAUAUUCUUUUCUCAAAGAACUUGGUGUUAGAGAAGUACCAGAUUUACAUGAAUUAAUUAUUCGAAUUGAUCAAGAACAUCAAAAUGGAUCAAAAAUAAAAACUGAUUAUCAAUUACCAAAAGCACUUGAGUUUUUUGCAGAACAUUUUCAAGAACAUUAUUCAAAAUUAUGGAAAAAAUCAAAUAUUAAAAAACCUUUUCUUCCAUCAUCUAUUCCUAAUGUUAAUCAAUCAACAGAAGUUAUAUUAACAACACCUGAAACUGUUUUUAAAGAACUAAGUCCAUUAUUUCCAACUUUACUUCCUGAUGUAAUUCGAUGUUUUUCACGAUAUUUUAAUAUUGAUUUACUUGGUAUUAAAAAUCAUCCUUCUUUAUCAAUGGCUUUUGAUGUAUUAAUGGAGAAACGAAAUCAAUUAUUAACUUCUCAAACAGCUACAAAAUAUUUUUCUUAUUUUAAAAAAUUAGAUGGUCUUAAUACAACAUUUAUUCAAAGAAUUUCAAAUAUUCCAUUUAUUCCUUUAUUAGAAAAUAAUAUCUAUGUUAAACCAUCUCAAGUAUUUAUUCGUUCAAAAAAUUCAACAAUCGAUAAAAUAUCUCAAGAUAAUAAUAAUACCUUGGAUGAUGUAGCAGCACAUGGUCUUAUUGAUUAUAUAGAUUAUGGUUCUGAAGCAAAUUCAUUUCUUCUUAGUAUUGGAGUUCUUUAUUAUCCAUCAGCAGAAAAUCUUGCUGAUUUACUUAUUGAACGACAACAAACAUAUUUUAAUCAAAAUAAAGAUAAUAAUGAAGAACUUAUAUCAGCUAAAGUACGUUUUUAUACAAAUUGUUUAAAACAAUUAUCGGCUGUAUCAAAUGUAACACAACAAUUAUAUAUUGAACCAUUACGUAGUCGUUUAAUAAAUAAACCAUGGUGUUUAGCUUAUCAAGGACUUGAACGAUCUGAUGGAACAAAAUAUCAAAUAUUUAAAAUUGCUAAACCAAGUGAUAUUUAUUUAGAUGAUGAUCAUCAAUGUGCUAUUGAUCUUCGACCAUUAUGUGCACCUGAUGAACCAGAAUUAAUUAAAUUUUAUGAAAAAUUUGGUUCAAAAUGGAUAUCAGAAUGUGUUAAACGAACAUUAGUACAUAGAGGAAAAUGUUUUAUAACGGAUAGAAGUAAAAAGUUAUGUGAUAGAAUUCAUCAUCGUUUAGAUAUGUUAUUUGUUAAUAAUAGAGGAGAAUCUAUGAAAAAUAUUGAUGAAAAACGUAUUGAAUUAUUACGAAAACAAUUUUCUAUUUAUGAAGCUGAAGGAAUUCAAUGUCAAUUAACAUUUCAAAAUAAAACAAUAACAUUAAAUUCUACAGAAUGUAGUUCAUGUGCACUUGAACAUGAAAGAAAUCAAGUAUGUUUAUAUAUUCACAAAGAUAUUCCUACACUUGAUUAUAUCGAUAUUGCUACUGAAUUAACACGAUUUGUAUAUAAAAAACCACUUGAUACAUUAGUUCAUUCGAUUAGUGAUAAACUUGCUUCUCCAUUAGAAACACUUAAACGACGUGGAAUUCCUGUUGAUCGAUUAAUAAAAAAUCCCGAACAACAACCGAUUAAAUUAUCUUUACAUAUUCAACAAACAAAAUCAGAAGAAAAUAAACAAAUACAAACAUUGAAACAACAAGAACCAACAUUUCAAACACAACAAAUUCAACAAUAUAAUCAACAAGAAUCUCAAGAGAAAGUUAAUCCUAAACAAAAACAACCAUUACAACAACAAGAACAAACACUUCAAGUUGAUAAACUUCAACAAUAUUAUCAACAAGAAUUUCAAAAACCAACUAAUAAUCAACAACAUUCACAAACUCCACGCGGACUUUUUCAAAAUUUAAAAGAUUUAUUGGUUCCUGUUCAAUUACCUUCUCCUUCUCCUCAAACUCAAUCUGUUGAAAAUAUUUCAAGUACAAUUGAAAGAAAUCGUAUUGAUCAUUUUGGACGAUAUAAAUCUACAGACGAUGAUGAUAUUGAUACAAUGAUUCGAGCAACACGAUCAUAUUCUCAAAUGGAAUUCAAUCAAAUGGAACAUUCUAGAAAUGAAAAUAAUACUUCAUGUGAAUUUGUGCCAGCUGCAAAUAUGAUGCGUUAUGAUAGACUUUUUUAUGGCAUUCCUCUUUAUAUUGAUCGUAAUGUUAAAAUAACAAAUAUUUUACUUGAUCAAGGUAAACAACUUGCUUGGUUAUUAUCUGGUCUUGCAAAACAAGUAUUUAAUAUACCUGUAGAAACAAUGCAUCUAUUUCGUGAUAUUGAGAGUGCUCGUAUUGCUUUCAAUAGUAAUGGUGCAUUAUUUUUCAAUCUUCGUUAUUUUGAACAAGUAUUUUUCGAUGAUCUUAAACCAUAUCUUGAAAAUUCUACAACAGUAUCAUCAUCAACUCCUAUUGUUCGGAAAAUAGUUAAUUUCUAUUUUAUGGUUGCUUGUCAUGAAUUAUCACAUAAUAUUGAUUCAAAUCAUGAUUUAAAUUUUAUUAAUCGUUUUGAAAAAGUAUCUGUUCGAUUUAUGGAUGCAAAAGAUACAUUUCUAUCGAGAUUCUUUUUUCAAGAACUAUAA